UUCUUCCAGUACCACUUGGGCCCAUCUGGAACCAUAUCUUGGGAUUCUGGAGACGUAGACAUGAACCCAAUAUUCUUUUCCUCAAGUAUGAGGACAUGAAGAUGGAUCACGAGGGUGCGAUCAGAAAAACGGCAGCCUUCCUAGGCAAGACGCUCUCCGAGUCAGAAGUGAUCAAACUGGCCGAUCAUCUAAGUUUCGCUAACAUGAAAAAGAAUCCUUCAGUCAACCUGGAGCCAAUCAUGGCCAAGAAGAACGGUUCAGACUUCCUUCAAUCUACGGAACUCCGUUUCAUACGAAAAGGUGAAGUGGGUGACUGGAAGAAUCACAUGACUCCAGAGAUGGUUGCUCGAUUUGACGCCUGGACUGAAGCAAACACCACAGGCACUGGACUGAAUUUCAACUGAUUUAGUCUACUCCGCCCAUUAAAUCAAUAGAAUAAUCAAACCUACACCUCACUCAGGGACCAUCUCUGUCCCAAUGACCAUGGCAAGUUGGACAAGUUGAUAGCGGAGGAGGUCCACGGCACCAGAACAGUCGAGAAACGCCGAAUCAGACGACAAAGACGCACUAUUUCCUAAUAUGAUUCUAAAGAAGGGAAUCUUCAUACUUCCAUUCUGACGAAACUCGAUGCUGCUUACCAAUGGUUUCAAAACAAACCAAAUGCAAAAUAAUUUCGAAUUAUCCUAAAAUUAUCAAAAAAUACUAAGCUGGUAUGCACAACAGUUAGUUCAUUUUUAAGCCAAGGCUCAUCUAAAUAAUAUUUAAAUAUUCAGUUCCUACCUGAAAGAAAAUACGUAUCCAAUACAUAUAUAUAAAAUUAUGCUUCUAAUUUACACUCGAGUUAUAUCAGACGUACCGACAUUUUUAUUCCAGCGUCUAGAAAUGAUAUAUUAACCUCUCUUAGACGUAACAUCUGGAUUAUUUAACAUUAAAAUAUAAAUUGUUUGUGUGUUGGCAUCACCAGUUACAUUUGUAUACUUGUUAAACAUUUAAAAUAUAUAAUUAGCCUUUAUUACAUGAAAAUAGGGAAUUUACACCUCCAAAGUAAAGGACUAUGAACCUAACCUCAAUUUCAAGGUCAAGGGCUUAACAGUGUGCCAGAGGAACAAAUGGCCAAUAGGAAUGCACAUAAGCUGUAACAUGACACUGAUAAAGUUUAAUUAAAAUUGUAUUGACAUGUUGAAAUACAUUUUCUUUUCAAAAAACAA